AUGGUUCUGAGGAUUUAUUUGGUUGUUGUGAAUUGGAAGUACCCUCUGCUGUCGCGGAGCGGGCGCAUGAACCGGAUAAUCUACGAGUCGUCGACGUCGCGCGAGGUGGAGCCGACGGUGGUGGAGCUGGACGACCUGCCGGGGGGGCCGGAGUCGUUCGAGCUGGCGGCCAAGUUCUGCUACGGCAUCGCGGUGGACCUGACGGCGGGGAACAUCUCGGGGCUGCGGUGCGCGGCGGAGUACCUGGAGAUGACGGAGGACUUGGAGGAGGGCAAUCUGAUCUUCAAGACCGAGGCCUUCCUCAGCUACGUCGUGCUGUCGUCGUGGCGGGACUCGAUCAUCGUGCUCAAGAGCUGCGAGGGGCUGUCGCCGUGGGCCGAGAACCUGCAGAUCGUCCGGCGCUGCAGCGAGUCCAUCGCAUGGAAGGCCUGCGCCAAUCCCCGCGGCAUCCGGUGGGCCUACACCGGCCGCCCGAAUAAGUCGUCAUUCGUCAUCAGCGGCGGCGGCGGCGCGGCGUCGAGUCCGAAGUGGAAUGCCGACUCGAAGGAGUCGAGCCCGAGCCGGAGCCAGCCCGUGCCGGCCGACUGGUGGUUCGAGGACGUGUCGAUCCUCCGCAUCGACCACUUCGUGCGCGUCGUCACGGCCAUAAAGGUGAAGGGCAUGCGGUUCGACCUGGUGGGCGGCGAUCACGCAGUACGCGGCGAAUGGCUGCCGGGCUUGACGAAAGAGAGCCCGACGGCGCGGCGCGGCGGGAUGAGGGGUGGGGCCAGACGGGCGGGGCUGCACCUGAUGAUCACGGGGGCGGGGGCGGGGGCGGGGGCGGGGAGCAAGGAAGAGCUGACGGGGUCGCAAAUUCGGGAGCAGCGGAUGGUGAUCGAGAGCCUGAUAAGCAUAAUUCCGCCGCAGAAGGACUGCGUGACCUGCAGCUUCCUCCUGCGGCUGCUGCGGCUGGCGAACAUGCUGAAGGUGGCGCCGGCGCUGGUGACGGAGUUGGAGAAGAGAGUGGGGAUGCAGCUGGAGCAGGCCAGUCUGGUCGACCUGCUGAUCCCUUCCUACAACCGGAGUGACACGCUGUACGAUGUCGAUCUGGUGCAGCGCCUGCUGGAGCAUUUCUUGGUGCAGGAGCAGACGGAGGCGUCGAGCCCCGGGAGGGACGCGCCGCCGCCUUACGGAGUCGGCGAGAAGCACGGCGGAGGCGGCGGCAGCGGCGGCGGCGGGGGGUCGGGCCCGAAUGCGAAGAUGCGGGUGGCGAGGCUGCUGGAUAGUUACCUCACUGAGGUGGCGAGGGACCGCAACCUGUCGCUGACCAAGUUCCAGGUGCUCGCCGAGGCGCUGCCGGAGUCGGCGCGCACGUGCGACGACGGGCUUUACCGAGCAGUAGACUCAUACCUCAAGGCGCAUCCGACGCUAACGGAGCACGAGAGGAAGCGGCUGUGCCGGGUGAUGGACUGCCAGAAGCUGUCGAUCGACGCGUGCAUGCACGCGGCGCAGAACGAGCGGCUGCCGCUGCGGCUGGUGGUGCAGAUCCUCUUCUCCGAGCAGGUCAAGAUCAGCAACGCGAUGGCGAACUCCUCCGUGAAGGACGCGGGCGACCUGCCGCACUACCAGCCCAUGGUCUCGUCCAGGAAGCAGCUGCUGGAGGGCACCCCGCAGUCCUUCCAGGAAGGGUGGGCCGCCGCGAAGAAGGACAUCAACACGCUCAAGUUCGAGCUCGAGAGCAUGAAGGCCAAGUAUCUGGAGCUGCAGAACGAUAUGGACGUGCUGCAGCGGCAGUUCGAGAAAAUGACGCUGGCGACGAAGCCCGGGAAGCCGUCGGCGGCAUCCGCGUGGAGCAGCGGGUGGAAGAAGCUGAGCAAGCUGACGAAGAUGGCGAACCACGAGGGGCAGGAGAUGGGGGGCGUCGGCGGCGGCCCGGACCGGCCAGCAGGAGCCGGGCCCGGGGGCGGGCAAGCGAGGAAGGGGCCGAGGAGGUGGAGGAACUCUAUCUCUUGAUCUGAUGAUCUUAGUGAUCAUUAUCAUUACUGAGAUUCAGAUGCAUUUUUAGAUAAAACAAGGUGAUCAGGGACCAUCUAUGGUUGUUGCUGAAACUGAGUGGAUCAGAGUGGCCGAUUCUUUUGCUUUGUGGUUUGGGCUUUUUGUGUGAUAGUAAAGAGGAUUGUGUCUCAUGAAUGUAGAUGCAGUGAUCGGUAAGUAUUGAAUGAGCCUUUUCUGUAAAGGAAAAUAGAUGGCUAUUGAGCUCCAGGGGUUUAUAUAUCUCUGUAGGAAAGUGUUGUAGUCGAUUGGAAUCCUCUGUUCUUGUUGUAUACGGUUACUUAAUAAAUCUCUCUCUCUCUCUCUCUCUCUCUCUCUCUUUCUCUCUCUUCAAAUUUGAAAGUUUGUUUUGUAUGGUACAAUUUUGUUUAAAUUGGGAGAGUUGUGUGCAU